CCGCCGCAUGGGGCCCCCCGGGCCGGCCUGACCCUCCCUGCAGCCCCGCCGACUCCCGGACACCGGCUCCGCCGAGGACCCGCGACGGGACCCCCGGCUGCCUAACCCCGGAGCACGGAGAGAUCCCCCCGAACCUUACCCCUGGGGGGGAGCAGAGGACCCUCGGAGCCGCCCCGGGGCUGCCCCGGUCGGACCCCAGACGGCACUUCCCCAACUCUUCCCAUCGCUGGAGCAGACACUUCGCCUCCCCCCACUCCCGGGACGCUCCCCCGGGGCCAGGAACCCCCGGGAGACACCGUUCCCUGCCCAGGACGUGGGAGCCGUCACGCCUGGGGACCCCCCAGACGUCCCCGCGGGGGCGAAGGACGCCUGGAGCCCCCCGGCCCCCCUGCUCACCCCCACCCCCCUCCCGGGCUGGCCCCUGGCUACCGAGGGUCCCGCUCCCGGGGCUGGGGGGAGCCGGGCUGCCCUGUGCCCCCCGGCUGAACCGGCCCUGAGCCGGUGGCGUGGCCGGGGGGGGGUAAAGGAGCCCCGGGGGGGGUGAAAGGAGCCCCGGGGGGGACCGCGGCACCUUGCCCCUCCCCAGCCCCAUGGCGGCCAAGUGGUUCAAGGAGUUCCCCUCCAACUUGAAGACGGUUUCGGAGCGGGCCCGGCCGGGCAGCAGCAACCUGGGCAAAAGCCGCAAGAAUUCAGCUGCUGAGUUGGGGGGGUGCCGGCCCGGCCCUGGGGGUGGCAAGGAUGGGGGUGGGCGGUUGUCGAGGGACAACCUGCAGGGUCUGCUCCAGGCCGCCACCGGGAAGAUGCGGAAGAAUUCGAGAGUGGAAUCGGGGACCCCGGAGGGACCCCCUAAAACCUGCGGCACUUACAUCAACCGCCUCAUCAAGGUGGAAGCUCACGAGAAGAACGGGAAAGGGUACCCCAGCCCCCCUCCUGCCAGCCCACCCGCCCCCGAGGAGGACAAGGGGAAGACCCUCAAGGCAGAGACGGUCAUCAUCCUGGAGGACUACGCUGACCCCUACGACGCCAAACGCACCAAAGGGCAGCGGGAGGCCGAGCGCCUGGGGGAGAACGACGGCUACAUGGAGCCCUACGAUGCGCAGCAGAUGAUCACAGAAAUCCGCCGUCGGGGCUCCAAGGACCCCCUGGUGAAAGCCAUCCUGCUGCUGGAUUGUCCUGGAGAGUCUGGGGAAGGGGGCAGCAAAGCAGAGCCGGCCAAGAGGCCGGGGGGCAAGGAGGUGGUGGGGAAGGGGCCACAGCUCUACGACACCCCCUAUGAGCCCGGGGAGGGGGUGACCGGGGCACCCCCGGAGCGCAGGGCGAGGGCUGGGGAUGGGCGCUUGCCCGAGAACGACGAGAGGCCAGCAGGAGAGUAUGAGCAGCCCUGGGAGUGGAAGAAGGAGCAGAUUGUCAAAGCACUGUCAGUCCAGUUUGAGGGCUCAGAGCGUCCCAAGGAAGAGGCACCACGGCAGCACCUGCGCCAGAAGAGUUGGACCCCCAAGAUGCUGAAGCCCUCAGAGCUCUGCGAGGGGGAGCGGGUGGACCCUGCCCUGGCGCUGGAGAAGCAGCCCUGGUACCACGGGGCCAUCACCCGUGCAGAGGCGGAGAGCCGGCUGCAGGCGUGCCGGGAAGCCGGGUACCUGGUGCGCACCAGCGAGAGCGGCAGUGGCAAAUACUCCAUCGCCCUCAAGACCAGCCAGGGCUGCGUUCACAUCAUCGUGGCCCAAACCAAGGACAACAAGUACACGCUCAGCCAGGCCAGUGGUGUCUUCUCCAGCAUCCCUGAGGUCGUCCACUACUACUCCACCGAGAAGUUGCCCUUCAAGGGGGCCGAGCACAUGGCCCUGCUGCACCCCGUCCACUGCAAGCUGCAUUAGCACUGCCUAAUGCCCCCCCAAACCCUCCCAGACUGGGCCACGACCCCCCAACCCUGCCUCAGAGCCGCCUGCUGGGGGAUGGGUCUGGCAGAGGACCCCCCCACCACCACCCCAGGGACCCCCAGGGACCACCUGCCCGCCGCUGGACUCCGGCAGGGCAGCCCCUGCCCCCCGUGUACCGGAGCCCACCCGCUGCGGGGCUGGGACCUGUAAGGAAGGAGUGAAAUAAAUCUGUUGGCUGAGA